AUGAUGAGCGGCAACAACCAGCACCAGCAGUCGGCGGCGGCGGCGGCGGCGGAGGAGGAGCAGGAGCUAGCGCGGAAGCACGCGGCCGCGGUGGCUACGUCGCGGCAAUGGUCGUCGCAGACGGAGUCACGGAUAGUGCGCGUGUCGCGCGUCUUCGGCGGCAAGGACCGCCACAGCAAGGUGAAGACCGUCAAGGGUCUCCGCGACCGGCGCGUGCGGCUGUCCGUGCAGACGGCGAUCCAGCUCUACGACCUGCAGGACCGGCUGGGCCUUAACCAGCCCAGCAAGGUCGUCGACUGGCUGCUCAACGCGGCCCGCCACGAGAUCGACAAGCUGCCGCCGCUCCAGUUCCCGCCGCACCAGGUCGACCUCAUGGACCACAUGAUGACCUCCUCCUCCAUGCCACUCAUGCCGCACGUCGAUGACAAGUUCUGCCACUUUGCGUCCACGCUCGCCCGAGAUGGUGGCGUCAAGGCCGGGGCCGACGCUGACGGCGGUGGAGCUCACCACAACAUUGGGAGGUUCGGCUACCACCGGUUCAUGGGGCUCAACAACAACUCCCUGGGACUGGUCAACAGCGGGAUGCCAUACAAUUUCACCGGCGAGUCAUGGAAUAACAGCAGUGUGGACCAGAGCAGCGGCGCUGGCUCGCCACAGGUCUCCAUAGCUGCCGCCGCCGCGGCUCACCACUCGGCAUUCCCGUCGUUACUCUCCUUGGCUCCAAGGUCGCAUCAGCUGGUUUACUACUCGUCGGAGGCCGAUCAGUUCCCAGUUGAUGACCUGGGCUCCCAAAGCUUAUCCUUGAGCUCGGCGAGAGCUUUCCAUGACCAGACAGGAAGCUAG